AUGACCCGUGGCAAUCAGCGUGAUCUCGCACGGGAGAAGAACAUGAAGAAGCAGCAGUCGAAGAAUAAAGGCCACCGCGAGGACGGUGUUUCCCUGGCUGCACGCAAAGAGGCGGAUGCCGAAGUGAUGCGUCUGAAGCAGGCCGCUGCUGCGGAGCGGAAGGUCACCGGAGGCUCGUGA